UCGUCCACUAUAAUAAAAUCUGGUACUCAUCCAGUUGUUGCAACAACGCAAAAGCUGGUCUGACUGCUGCAGGCGAUGGAUCCGCCGGCUCGCAGAUUGAUGGAUUCUCGGGCGGCGGCGCAGUUGGCGGCGCCACUUUCUGAUCCAUACGCGGCAGAAAAAUUCGAAGACCUACUCCGAGAAUUGGGGGUCGACCCUAGUAUCCACACUGUAGUCCGUAGCGCCGGGAGAUGGAUGGAUCCGGCAGCGGCGGCAGCGCGAGUUCCGAUGAGAUUCCACCGCACGCUCCAACGCCUAGGAAUCGACCCCAACAGCGAUGCCCGGAGCAUCCGCGACAUGCUACAAGAGUUCCGUCGAGGGGUGUACCAGGGAGAGGUGUACUGGGCUGGCCGAGUGAUCAGGCCUCGUCCUUCGCCCAUGCUAGGACGACGUCGCCGCGCCGCCGACGGGGAUGCCCCGAUGCAAGAUGUCGCGAGAUGUCCUCCUGGGCCUCGCGCUGACGAAGGCGUGCGACGCGAGGCAGGAGGAGUGCGCCGUGUGCCUCAGGGACUUCGAGGAGAAAGACAUGCUGAGGACGAUGCCGUGUAACCACUCCUUCCACGAGAUCUGCCUCUUCCGUUGGCUCAGCGAAAGCUGCCUCUGUCCUCUCUGCCGCUACGCGCUGCCCAAGCAGCAGCAGGUUCAAAGCUGCUGAUGAUGCUAUUUAUGUUUCGGUUCACCAACAGAUCCGUUUGUAACUUGUAAGCAUAUUGCCAUCGAUAUAGAAGUAGAAUCAUGUUCUCAUCGAUGUAUAGCAGGGCAGUUCAUCAUCAGAAGGUUCCUAAUUAAAACAUUUCUUAUCCUCCACUGGAUUUAACUAGUAUUGCCUGCAACGCAAGGCCCUGUCUUGGCUAACAAGCCGAAACAACUUGCCACUCAUGUGCCUAUCCCUAUCAUGGUCAGGCACACGGUUCUUCACAAUAUACGUAUAAUUUAAGAAUUGCAUUGAUCUUCAAAGUAAUUAAUUAGUGGAUUGAUAGAAGUUUAAUCGACUUGACAUUGCAAUUAUAAAUUGCUUUGGAGAUCCAGUGUCCCAGUAUAUAAUGCCAGGUGAACACUCCUCUUCCAUCAACCAGCUUGCUACCAAGUCGAUCAAUGGCAAUGGACUCUUACUACUGUUCCAUGCUCUUCUUCCUCCCUCCGAUACUCUACGUCUCCUACCACCUCACAAGAAUCCUCGCCGACAAGAAGAAGCCCACCACCCAUGGCCUCAAGGCGCACCCGCUGCUCGGCCACCUCCCGGCGUUCGUCAACAACAGCCACCGCUUCCUCGACUGGACGACGGAGCUCAUCGUCGGCAGCCCGGAGAUGAGGAUGGGCUUCUGGAUCCCCGGGAUGCGCACCGGCAUCAUCACCGGCAACCCGGCCGACGUCGAGCACAUCCUGCGCACCAACUUCGCCAACUAUCCCAAGGGGGAGCACGCCAUUGGCAUGCUCGAGGACUUCCUCGGACAUGGCCUCUUCAACUCCGACGGCGAGCAGUGGCUCUGGCAGCGCAAGAACGCCAGCUACGAGUUCAGCAAGCGCUCCCUGCGCAGGUUCGUCGUCGACGUCGUGCAGGCCGAGGUCGCCGACCGCUUCCUCCCGCUGCUCCGCCGCGCCGCCGGUGAUGGUCGUGGUGGUGAUAUCGUCGUCCUCGACUUGCAGGAAGUGCUCCAGCGAUUCGGGUUUGAUACCAUCUGUAUGGUGGCGUUCGGGCACGACCCGCGCUGCCUCGCCGACGGCAGUGUCAUGGAGGAUGCCAGGUCGGAGUACAUGCACACCUUCGGCGAGGCGCAGGACCUCGUCGUCGGCCGCUUCUUUGAUCCCAUCGAGGUCUCCUGGAAGAUCAAGAAGUGGCUCAACGUCGGCACCGAGCACCGCCUGAGGAAGGCCAUCGCCGACGUCCAUGCCUUCGCCAUGGACAUUGUCCGCACACGGCGCCAGAGCGCGUCCGUGCAAGACAGAGACGACGUCUUGUCGAGGUUCGUGGCGAGCGACGAGCACAGCGACGAGGUCCUCCGCGACAUCGUCCUCAGCUUCCUCAUCGCCGGCCGCGAGACGACAGCGUCGGGGCUGAGCUGGUUCUUCUGGUUCUUGUCGUCCCGGCCCGACGUCGUGGCGCGCAUCGCCGACGAGGUCCGUGCGGUGAGGGAGGCGACCGGCACGCGCCCCGGCGAGCCGUUCGGGUUCGACGCGCUCCGGGAGAUGCACUACCUUCACGCCGCGCUCACCGAGUCAAUGCGGCUGUACCCGCCGGCGCCGAUCGACUCGCAGUCGUGCGCGGCGGACGACACGCUCCCCGACGGCACGCUCCUCCGCGCCGGCUGGUCGGUGACGUACAGCGCGUACGCCAUGGGGCGUCUCGCCGCCAUCUGGGGCGAGGACUGCUUGGAGUACAGGCCGGAGCGGUGGCUCGGCGACGACGGCGCGUUCCAGCCGGCGAGCCCGUUCCGGUUCACGGUGUUCCAUGCGGGGCCGAGGAUGUGCCUCGGGAAGGAGAUGGCGUACGUGCAGAUGAAGUCCAUAGUUGCAAACGUGCUUGAGGAGUUCGAGGUCGACGUCGUCAAGGAGAUCGCCGGCGGCGGCGUGCCGGAGCACGUGCUCUCGGUGACGCUGAGGAUGAAGGGUGGACUACCUGUGAAGAUUAGGAGAAAGACUGAAGCUUACUAGAGAAGGCCACAAGGGUACUUUGCCGCUGAAUGGUACUAUAAUUAGUUAAGCUUCAAGUUUUGCUCUUUUCGUUUUGAGCUUAUGGGUUAAGAAUAACGUUUGUGAUUUGGUUGUUUUUGGCCGUUUUCCAUUUCCUACUGGACUACAGCGGCAGAAAAAUGAUUUGCCCUGGGUUGAAUUGAUGCCAAUUAAUCAAUAAAAGGAUGGCGUAUCACUGUAUUGUACAAAUUUAACAAGUUGAAAUCAGCCAUGUAAGACACAAAUAGACCUGUUUAAGCAACUAU